AUGGAUCGCAGGGAGCUGGAACGUUUCGCCGGCGCGGGACCAAUGGUCCGACAAACACUGACCGUUCCAACACGAAACAAACGCACGGGAUCCGUGUCAGCCAUGUCAUGGUCGGCAGACGAGAGUGCCUCGUCCAAGGGAGAUUUGAUCCCGCGGGUCGUUGCCCUUGCGAGAAUUCACAAAUCAAUGAUCACCAGAGAGAUCCAAUCGCAAAGCAACAUGGGUCGCGGCGCAUACGACACAACAGGCUUCGAAGCUCCACACAAGCUCCGGCAACAGCUUCACCUCUUCGGCACAUGCUCAACCACGACCACCAACAUCACCACAAUCACAAUUACACGAUCCUCCAAGUGUCUCUCCACAACGCUAUCGACUGCCUCGCGCUCACACUUCGAACACCACACUCCGACUCGUAAUACCGCCACCUCCUCCUCUACCACAUUACCUCUGCUACCACAUCACCUCGGAGAAAGAUCACACAUUUGCUAUUCACACUACAACACGGCGUUCGGGAAAGAGGCGGAUUAG